AACCAUUAUGUUAUAGUUUUAUUCCCUUGAAGUGUACUAGAUUGCCAAAUAUUUAGUCUUAGUGUUUAUAUUCGCCGGCAAUAUGGGGUGUAACACGAGCUCCGAGGCCAAGACUGCGAAGGAGACAGGGGAGGACAAAGCACAGGAGAAGAGUCAGGAGAAUCACACUCAAAAUAAUGAAGCUUCAGAAGCGAAUAACCAGCCGGUCUCGGAGGAGCAGGCAGCGACCAAGAUCCAAGCGGUGUUCCGCGGCCACCAGACUAGGAAAUCAAUAAGCAUGAAGGCCGCCAGCAAGCAAGCCCAACCCGAACCCGAGCCCACUCGGGCUGAGCUCGAGGCCGAGUUCCGGCCUGAUGAUAAAGAGCUGUGCAACGCAGCAACCAAGAUUCAGGCGUCAUUCAGGGGACACCAGGCGCGCAAGCUGACGCAGGCUGAGAUCAUCCAGGCUGAAAAGGAUAAGGCACAAGCACUACAGGAUAAGGAAGACAUAGAGAAGAUCGACAUGGAGGACCCGAAUCUGAACAAGGCGGCCACCAAGAUUCAGGCCUCGUUCCGUGGCCACAAGGUUCGCAAAGAGGUUCAAAACUAAACUGCCUAAGCGCAGCUAAUAAGACGAGAUAGUCUCUGACUUCAUAUUUUUGUUUAUUUGUUAUCUUAUACGAACUUUAACGGGUCAAUUUGACAUCUGCACGCCGACCACCUUUCGGACAUCAGUGAUAAAGUUUUACUCUCACAAUUUGAAUUAAUAAAGUACAAGUAAACCACUAAAAAAGAGAAACUCGACGUUUAUUGGAAACUAGAAUUUCAAGAGAAAGGUUGUUUCUCUUGUAUUAAGUUAAAUUUAUUUUUUAGGCUCUCUUAUCAAAGCAUGAUAUUAAAAUGAUUGACGUAAUACUUGUGUCGCCAUCUACCGAGGUUUAUAGGCAGACUGUUAUGAUUAUUUAAGUUUGUUUAAUAAUUUCGAUAUUGUUUAUUAUUUCUUAUCGAAACAUUUGAUAAAUUAAAUCUUAUUUACGAAGUCGGGACUGACGUCAUAAAAUUAGUACGUACAGUGUGUAAUCGUGGUGGUAUGUCAAUUCUCUACAGUGAUACGUUCUAAAUAUGAGUUUUGAAAGAAAAUACGCAAUGCCUUACUGCUUAGAAUGAACUGUAACAUGGAAAUUACUAAAAACAACUAUUAUAGAAUGUAAUUUGAGAAUAUAUUGUUCCUGAUGAGAGUCACCGCCAUUAAUGGUAAACUGACCUAAGAGUUAAUUCCUCAUGACCGACUUCUCGGAAUCUUUAAAUGAUGGUAAACACACAAGAUACCUGACCGCCUAAUUGUUUAUUUGGUUCUGAGUAAAUCAGAGUGAAGAAAAGUGUUAAACAAACUUAACGUUUCGGCAGUUAAUCAUAAAAUUCAUUUUGAUAUGACUUCCUUAAUGUGUUAUUAGUGAAUGAUGUUUUAAGAAACUUUUUAAACCAAAUUGAUCUUUAAUUACAUUACAUAAAUACAAAUUUCAACCAAAAAGCUAGACUCUCUCUACACUUGAAUGCGUUAGAAGGCUUCCAGAACCAAAAGGUCAGUUAGUGAGUCAAGUAUCUUCAGAGCAUCGACUGUACCAUCAGAUGGUCCUGUUUGUGUACCAGGUUGUGUAACAUACAGAUUUUGUCUAUAUUGUAAACUUAUAUUUAGGACCUCUAUAAUACUAUGUCAAUUUAACUACCUUGUAUAAAUUAUAGUUAAACUAUCGCAAAAGAAAUUGACUUAUCUCAUGAAUACAGAGUAGAAUGUGAGAAUGAAUAUGAAAUAUUUAAUAAAAAAAAUAUAAUUAUGAUUAUUUAAUAUUUGACUGUCUGUCCCGUUUUUCUAAUAUAAUAUUUGGGUCACACUACUAAGAGCCAUUGCUUUUUUUAUACAUUCCAUUUCUUCCUGAUUAAAAAUAAAUGGGAAUUUUGUUAAGAAAAAUGUAGUAACUUAAGAUUAAUUAUUAGAUUUUAGUCGCUAUUACCAAAGAUCGCUUGUUUUCAUUAUUAAUUUUUAAUUAAAAAUAAAUUUACGUAAAAUUUUCGAACAAUUAAAAAAAAUUAAUAGGGUAUUUUGAUUGUUUUAGCGCAUCUUUUUUUAAAUAUCCUUUCAAGAUACUUUCACAUUUCA